AUGGCAAAGACAAAAGACACCAACACCAAGCCAAAGUACACCAAAGAGAGCACCGACGAAGACGUACAGAUGUCUGAACAAGCGACACCAAAGAAAAGCGCCGACAAGGACAAGAAAAAGCGUAAGUCGUCAUCUGACGACGCGGAGGAAAUCACGAAAAGCAAGAAGCGGAGGCAUAGCUCCGAGGCUGCAGAUGAAGCCGAUGCCGUGAAGGAGGAACCCACAAAGAAAAAGAAAAAGGAAAAGAAAGACAAGAAGAAGAGAGUCUCAUUCGGAGCUGGGACCAAGACGGAAGACGGAAGCGGAGACGAGAGCGACGCUGAUGCCGAAGACGAAGCCCCAUCGAAAGCCGAAAACGAUGAUGACAAUGACUCCGAUAGCAGCGAGACGGUAACCGACACCGACCCAGCACAGCAAUUGCAAACCGACAAUGAGAAGGCGUUAGAGGAGAUGCGCAAGCGUAAGCGCGAGAAGAAGAAGGCGAAGAAGAACAAGGAUUCCUCAGCCCCCGCGCCAUCGUCAUCUUCGGCGACACAACAUCACCAUGAAUCGCCUAUCAUGUCUUACCUAAGCCACUAUCACCACGAUCGUUCGUCAUGGAAGUUUCAGAAGAACCGCGAGACAAACCUGUUCAAGCAUCUCUACUCCGAGGAGCAUGUUCCCUCUCGGUAUAACAUUGCGCUUCUGUCAUACCUGAAGGGACUGAGGGGUGAUGCGGCGAAGGCAAGAUUGAGCCAGGGUGCAGUUCAGGUUCUGAAGGAGGAUAUCGAAACCGCGCAAAAGGAUGGCAAGGAGGAGGACCCUGUCUUCCAGGAGGCUGUGGAUGCGCUUCGCAAUUCCUUUGCCAGUGCUGGUGCCGAGCUGAAUACCGCUGGAUCGGCGAAAGGUCUGAAGCCAGCUGCAAAUAAGCGUCUUCAGAAAAGAGUGCGGGCCGAGCUUGUCUUCUUUGCUAUGUCUGAUGAGCUAUUUGACAUUGUGAAGUCGGUCCCGAAGAAGGUGCCUGUAAAGGUGGAGCCGGUGAACAAGAAGAGGAAAAACCGUACUGUUGUUGUCGAUAUUUCAAGCAGCGAGAGUGACAGCGACAGCGACGACGAGACUUCUAGCUCUGGCAGUGACGAUGACACCUCAAGCUCUGGCAGUGAUGAUGAUUCCUCAGACUCGGAUAGUGAUGAGGACAAGCCGACUGCUACCAAGACCCAGUCCAAGCCCGUCCAGCCCAAGCCUGUGGUUAGCAAACCGUCUCCAGCUGAGAGUACAGGCCCUGCUCCUAUGUCCAAGACCAAGGCUGCUGCUGCAAGCAAGCAGGAGAAGAAGGAGAAGAAGGCUGCUUUGAGAAAGGAGAAGAAGCUGGCACCUCCACCCACACCAUCUGUUCCCAGCAAGAACAAGAAGAAGCAGAAGCGGAAGCUCAGAACUGCUGUGAUUGACAUCUCAAGUAGCGAGGAUAGCGAUUAG